AAAAUAAAAGUCUCUCAUGGCCUCGAGCGAGACAAACCGAAAAUAGGAGGAAAAAAAAUCAAGAAAUGGAGACAUCAUCGAAUUUUAUUUUUGGAUCAUCCCAAGUUUUGAACUUGUCUCCAUCCCGCCCGCUCUCUUGUCUCUCUGUGUAUAUAUGCGUGUGUACUCUCAGACAUCAGCUAACACUCUCUUACACUCAGCUCCCUUACCUAAACACAUCAAAUUGAGAUUUUGAUGUUUGAUUUGUUUGAAUCUAAGGCUGAGCUCAUAGUAAACUUAGACAGAUCAUGAAGACACUUUUGCUUUGAACUCUUUUUUUGUUUUAUAAACUGUAAAACGAUGAGGCGUGCAGUCACGAAUAACAAGAACAUGUCAUCGUGCCCCACCAUUCGAAUCACACGAGCUCGUGCAAAAACCUUGGCAAAGCAAAGUGACAAUUUUUCGCAAACUAACGCGAAAAGGCCAGCUGGCGGUGAAAAGAAGCUGCCUGCAGGGGGUUUAGAUGGUUGCCCUAAGAGAAGGGCCGUGUUUAAGGAUGUUACUAAUGUAACACGACAAAAUGCUGAUGUGAAAUCAAAAAAUGCAGGAAGAGAUGAGCUAAGUAAAUGUGACAAAGAAGUUGCCUUGCAGGCAGAGGGAAAUGUGGCACCUGUUUGUAUUGCUAAAAUGCUCCAAAUUCAAGAGGAGAAAAGAGAAAGCAAGUUACACUACACGAAUAAAAAAAUAAAGAUGGAAUCAAAAGAAAUUGUAUCAGUCGAUGACCAAAAAACGUCUCGCACAUUAGUUCCGAUUUUUGAGAAGGCAAAUCACAGUAAGUUGAACUGCAUUGCAAGAACAUUCCAAGCUGCUCUUGUUAGAAAUAAUCAUACAAUUGCAUUGCUCUACAAGAAAGAUGAACAGCUUAUUUACGAAUUUUUGGCUGAUCAUGCAGAAGAUGAACAGCUCUACACGAAAGAAGAGAACUUUUUAAAGAAAAGUGGCUUGAUCGAUAUAGAUACACAAGACAAAGAUCCGCAGAUGUGUGGUCAGUAUGUCGAAGAUAUAUAUCAUCACUUGUAUGCAGCUGAGCUUGGCCGUAGGCCCUCACUUGAUUACAUGGAAAAAGUACAGAGAGAUAUCAAUCAAGGCAUGCGGGCUAUUCUGGUCGAUUGGCUUGUUGAGGUUUCGGAUGAAUAUAAAAUGGCCUCCGAUACACUAUACUUGACUGUAAAUCUUAUAGAUAGAUUUUUAUCUCAUCAUUAUAUCGAGAAGCAAAAGUUGCAACUUCUUGGAGUCACGUGCAUGCUAAUUGCUUCGAAAUACGAAGAAAUAUAUGCUCCACGUGUGGAAGAAUUCUGCUUUAUUACAGAUAACACCUACACGAAAGAUGAGGUUGUAAAAAUGGAAACUUGUGUUCUGAACUGUUUGAGCUUUCAAUUAUCAGUUCCCACCACAAAGAAGUUCCUCAGGAGGUUCCUUCGUGCAGCACAAGUUUCAUACGAGGUUCCUUUAGCCGAGCUCGAAUUUUUGGCGAACUAUUUAGCCGAAUUAACGCUAACAGAUUACAGUUUCCUUAAAUUCCUGCCAUCACUAAUUGCUGCAUCUGCUAUAUUUCUAGCAAGAUGGACACUUGAUCAGUCACAAAAUCCAUGGUUCAAGUACGUUUCGACACUUUAUUCAUCAAAACCUGUGCAAUCGCUUUUCUGA